GUAGCCUGAAGGAGAGACUACUGCGAGCCUACAACACAGAAAUUCCAGGGAUAACCACGUGAGGAGAAGAAAUGAGUGAAAAGAAACGACAGCAGCGGCGACACUGCUGCGUAUCGCACGAGUUCGUGAGAGCUGCGACCGAGAACCUCAACAAAAUCGCGGUGAUACAUGCCCGAUCAUCAGAUAUUGGGCCCCAGAUAUCUUCACAUCCUCCGGUGUACGAAGGCGACCGAUGUUUCACUUUCGGCGAUGUCUUGGCAUCCGUCAAUUACCUCAGUUUCCGCCUCCGCUCCAUUCUUGACGGCGCUUCUGAUCAACAUGUCACCAUACCCCAUCGUCCUCCAGGUGAUUCUACUGAUACUGAUGAGUCUGCCAAAUAUGUUUUUGUGCCUGUAAAGCGAUCGGAGGAGUUUAGGAAUACAUAUACCCCAAAAAUUGUUGGAAUAUACCUGGCACCUUCGUUGGAGUACAUAGUUUCUGUUCUUUCUGUUAUGAGGUGUGGGGAGGCUUUUUUGCCUCUUGAUCCUUUAUGGCCGAAAGAUAGGAUAUUGUCUGUCGCUUCUUCUUCCAAUGUUGAUCUUAUCGUCACUUGUGGAACUUUAAUUGGUGGCAAUGGUUUUCGAAACCUUGAUGAUUCACAGUGGCUUGCAGAGCAAAGUAGUUGUCCUGUUUUCUUCUUUUCUAUGGCAGAAAGCCUCCAAGAGUGUGUUGCUCCAUUGAAGUUAGUUUGGCCUUGCGAAAAUGAAAAAGAAAGGUUGUUUUGUUAUUUGAUGUACACAUCAGGGUCAACUGGAAAACCUAAAGGUGUAUGCGGCACGGAAACAGGCCUGUUAAAUCGUUUUUUAUGGAUGCAAGAAUCGUACCCGCUGUAUGGAGAAGAACUUUUAUUAUUCAAGACAUCUAUUAGCUUUAUUGACCACCUGCAGGAAUUUCUCGGCGCUAUUUUCACUUCUUGUACACUGAUCAUACCUCCUUUUAAUGAACAAAAAGAAAAUUUACUCUCCAUCAUCACUUUUCUGAAGGCUUAUUCUAUAAAUAGGCUCACUGCUGUUCCUUCGCUUUUGAGAGCAAUUGUUCCUGCUUUGCAAAGUGCACACAACAUGCAGAUCCAAAGUUCAUUGAAAUUGUUAAUUCUGAGUGGUGAAGUUUUCUCUUUGUCCUUGUGGAAGAUGCUUUCCAGUCUGCUGCCCUUGACCUCUAUUUUGAAUUUAUAUGGGAGUACAGAGGUUUCGGGAGAUUGCACGUAUUUCGAUUGCAAGAGGCUGCCAAAAAUUUUGGAGACAGAGGCACUAACAACUGUUCCAAUUGGGGUUCCUGUUUCUAAUUGUGAUGUGGUGCUUGUUGGUGAAUUUGACAAACCUGAACAGGGAGAAAUAUGCGUUGGUGGUCUCUGCAUUUGUAAUGGUUACUUCUGUGAAUCCACUGUUCUGUCUGUUGACCAUGAAUCACAUCAAAACUCUCCUGUGAACUGUUCUGUAGAUUAUUGCAAAAAUCAAGUGUAUUACAAAUCUGGUGAUCUUGCACGACGGCUUCAAAGUGGUGAUUUAGUUUUCUUGGGGAGGAGGGACCGCACUGUAAAAGUUAAUGGGCAACGUAUAGCUAUAGAGGAGAUUGAGAAUACAUUAAGGGGACAUCCAAAUGUGGCAGAUGCUGCUGUGAUUGCUCGCAAAAGUUUGGAGGAACUUCUGCUCCUUGAAGCAUUUAUACUGUUAAAAGACAAGGAGAAAUCUGGUGAUGUAAUCAGAUCUUCGAUAAGAAAUUGGAUUGUCAGCAAGCUUCCUACAGCCAUGAUUCCCAGCCGCUUUAGCUUUAUUGAAUCCUUGCAUAUGACCUCCAGUGGAAAAGUUGAUUAUGCAUCGUUGGCAAGCUCAACCUUUCUCACAUCACAUGUUUCACAUGAUAUAAGUAAAACGGUGAAUUGUGAUCUCUUGCGAUCAAUCAAAAAGGCCUUUUGUGACACUUUGAUGGUUGAAGAAGUUUCCAGUGAUGAUGAUUUCUUCAUGUUGGGUGGUAAUUCCAUCAGUGCAGCACAUGUUUCUCACAAUUUAGGAAUAGAUAUGAGAUUGCUUUAUAACUUUCCAAAUCCAUCAAAGCUUGUAGCACUUUUACAAGAAGAGGAAUCAAGAGCUGUUAGAACAAAUGUUGGUUUGAAUGUCAACGUGGGAGCAGAUAUAGGAAAAGUGUCUUAUUCCAUUACUCCUGAUCACCUCAGUCCUGAACCACAAUUACGGUUACAGAAAAUGCCUCCUGGCAAAAAUGACAAUCAUGGUGAAAUCUCCAAGCGCUUAAAGAUGGAUACAUAUAAAUAUGUUACUCCACAAUGCAGUUUUCCAAGUGAUGGACAGCCUUGGAAUUCUGCUACCAUUCCCUUUGCUUGUUCAUUCAGCCGGUGCAAUAAAGUCUUGUAUGAAAGGGGCUGUAGGCUGAAAAGUUCACCUCAAGCAACCUGGUUGUCGAAAGUCUCGGGAAACAUAAGAGGUUCGUUGAAAGAUUGGUGGAAAGUUCACAUGGAAUCUUGUGUUGAUGCAUCACCAGUUGUUGCAUUCAAGGGCAAGGAUAUCUAUUUAUUUAUUGGAUCUCACUCACGUAAAUUCGUCUGUAUUAAUGCCAGAAGUGGUUCAGUCCAGUGGGAGACUGUGCUUGAUGGACGAAUUGAGUGUUCAGCAGCGAUUGUUGGUGACUUUUCUCAGGUUGUUGUAGGAUGCUAUAAAGGGAAAAUAUAUUUUCUUGAUUUUGCAAAUGGCAACAUUCUUUGGACUUUCCAAACAUGUGGUGAGGUGAAGUCUCAGCCGGUGAUGGACUUCCAUAGACAAUUGGUCUGGUGUGGAUCACAUGACCAUAAUCUUUAUGCUCUUGACUAUAGAAACCACUGCUGUGUUUUUAAGCUUCCUUGUGGUGGGAGUAUAUAUGGAUCACCUGCAAUCGAUGAGGUGCAGGACAUACUGUAUGUGGCAUCUACUAGUGGCCGUGUGACUGCUAUAUCAAUAAAGGAAUUUCCAUUUCAUACUCUGUGGGAGCAUGAGUUGAGAGUUCCGGUUUUUGGUUCCCUUUCUAUUAGUUCAAAUGGACCCGUUAUCUGUUGUUCAGUGGAUGGCUAUGUUGUUGCAUUAAAUUCAAGUGGAACCGCAAUUUGGAGGAGUAGAACUGAUGGUCCCAUCUUUGCUGGAGCUUGCAUCUCUCAUGUGCUUCCUUCUCAGGUGCUUAUAUGUUCCAGAAGUGGGAAAGUUUAUUCAUUUGAACUGGGAAAUGGAAAUCUUCUCUGGGAAUACAAUGUUGGAGAUCCAGUGACUGCAUCUGCAUAUGCUGAAGAGCACUUGCAGCUGGUAUCCGAUUCACCCCACUUGCCAGAUAGAUUGGUUUGUGUAUGUUCCAGCUCUGGUAGCAUAUGUGUUCUUCGUGUCAACUCAGAUGCUGCUGACAGGCCAUAUCAUCCAAGUAACAUUACGGUGCAUGAAUUUGCAAGAUUCGAGCUCCAAGGAGAUGUAUACUCCUCGCCUGUAAUGAUUGGCGGCAAGAUUUUUGUAGGUUGCAGAGAUGAUUAUGUGCACUGCAUUUCCAUUGAGACCAUUGAAAAGUAGAAGAAUGAAGUUGGAGGCGCAAAAUCAUUUUCCUUCAGAUAUGAUAUAUGAUACUUUUAUUUAGAGGAUGCUUCUCUCUGCAUAUUGAGCCGUGCAGUAGUUUCAGAUAAGCAUCAAGUGCAUGGUACAGUGUGGAGAGUGGAAUUUCUGAUGAGUAUCUCAGUGGAUCUUCUAUUUCGUGAACGAAUACAUGCAACCUCAAAAUUCUUGAGAGGACUUGGGAGGAAAUAGCAUCUAGCUGAGGCCCCGUGUUGGCUAGCAUUCGAAAUUUGAAGUUCUUCCUUUGUAGAAUGGUUGGGAACAACUUGCCUACUUUGGAAGGAUCCAGUUCCCAUGCAGUUGGUGGCUAUUACUGGGGAAUCCGAUUGUCUGAUCUGGACCCUGUGUAUGUGUAUGGAGACAGAACUGAAUAGUUCAAGCGCACGGAUGUAUAAUAUAGCAUUCUCCUUCUUAUAUAACAGCUUCACUCCCUUGCAAUAGCUGUCAAUUGCCGGAGAGAUGUCAAUUGCAAGAGAGACAUAUCAACGGUGGAGAUCCGGCGAAACUGACAGCCACAAAAAAGCCCAACGAAGGUGAGAGAGAAAAAAAAGUUCAAAGUACCAAAGGCAGAAGACGAUUAAUUGUGAAUCAGCGUGAAUGAUUUAGGGGGUUGACCUCCACUUCCUGAUUCUCUGUCUCCACUUUCCGGGUCCUAGGGUUUUUGACGGUCUGUUCUGUUGAGACUUAUAAUUUGCCUGGCUUUCUGUUGGCAAUAAUUUUUUACUCUUAAUCCCAGAAAGAAUCUCCCAUCCACCCCUCACCACCAACUCCUCUUCUCAAAUCCUUCACCUAAAGAAACUCUAAUGGAGAAGAAGAGAGAAGAUAUAAGAAUAGACAUCAUCUCUGGCUUUAUCUUUGCUUCCAUCGUUGCUGGCGGAAUUUUUCUUGGUCUCUACAAUUUUCUUCUCCUGAUGGUAAACGUCACAUACAUUUUGGGGCCGUUUUCGUGUUGGGAACCGGUGACAAGGUAAACAAUGUUGGUUUGGGAGAUGGAGAUGGAGAUGAAGACGACUUGGAAGAAAAUAAUUCAGGCAGGCAACAUGAAGGCCAUUAUACAUUGAUAUGAUUCCACAAGUUGAGAUAAACAUGGAGAAAGAAGCAGCAAAUGCAGGUGAAGAAUGGCCUAGUGCUUACAAUCUGGUAUAUGAUUUGAAGCAGCUGCUGCAAAAUGAUGUGAGAUUAGCAGAGAAGUCGCGGGACAGAUAGCGUUACAAAGCUAGCUAGGGCGUAAAAGCCGGUGCUUCCAGCUUCCUUCCACAAGGUUCUCCAAGAAGGUGAGGGUCGGCUAAUACCUUCUGAAUUAUAGACUCUAAACAUGCAUCAACUAGACCAAGAUCCAGGGCUUGGUGAAGGAUGCUUUCCAUCAUACGAAAAGCCUUGACGGUUUCGUUCCAGCUUGAGAGGACUCUUU